GAGACUUGUCCACUCAUCCACUAAGACUGAGGAGUAAUAUAUGUUUCUUAGAUCUAUAAAUAGUUCAGUCUGAGGACUUCAUUUUAUAUCAAUCAAAAUAACAAGUAUCAUAUUAUAUAACUCACUAUAGUGCAAGUUAACUCUCCCUAUUGUGGCAAUGAAAGUUGUAUUGGUGUUGGUCCUUGCAACGCUUUUGUUUACAGCGGACGCCUUUCCGUCCGACGCUGCUGAAAAAUGUUUUCUCAAUUGUAGUUCAACGUGCAAAUAUAAAAGUAAGAUGCGGUGCGAUGUUUACUGCUCUCUGAAGUGCGGCUUUCGACUUGACACUACUGAUGAGGUUGAAACUCAAAAACACGUUUGUAAUGUUGGCUGUUCCCUAGGACACUGUUACAAAUUUCUCAUCCAAAAUGAUGACGAAAAGUAUGAAAGUUGCAUGACAAGCUGCAGUGCGAACUAUUGCAUUGGCAGUAUUGCUCUAAAGAAAGCUUAAGAAGAAGCAUUUAAGAAUUAAGUAAAAUUAUUGCCACAAAAGUAUGUGUCUAUGACACUAAAAAAGUAAUUUGUGGUUAUAACUUUCUAAAUUAUGUAAUUGUUAUGUAUUUUUCUUUC